UGCAAGUAUCAUGUCAAGUGGCCCAAUGCCUUAUGGCACAUGGAUGGUCACCACAAAUUGAUUCAGUGGGGGAUUGUUAUCCAUGGAUUCAUUGAUGGGUUUUGCUGCUGUCACACACCAAAGGUGUUUGGUGAGGUGGACAUGGAUGUAGCUGAUGAAUGGAGGUGA